GACGGGCAAGUGCGUCUGCAAGGCGUGGUGGCAGGACUCCGACUCCCGCUACUGCGAGCCCGUUGCUGGCGACUACGCGAACCACCUCGAGAGCCUCAGGAACUACCUGUGGUUCCAGGUCAAGAACUGCGGAAACCACUGGACCGAGGAGGAGUGCUUGCAGGAGAUCGGAGUCGAGGCCCAGCGGAGGAAGUACGAGUUCGAAUGCGAGAAGCAGAGACUGGUGAAUGGGCCCUUCCUGCCCUUGGCGGAGUGCGACAUCGACCCGGACGACUCGCGCUUCGUGGACUCCUGC